UAAAAGUCACGACACGCCUCCACUGGCAGAACUGUUGAAGAAGCUACGUGCAAAACUGCAUAUAGUUACUUUACACCCAUUUAUGAUCUUCUUAUCAACUGGCAGUUCGUGGACCGAUACAGUUGUUGUCGCUCAGUAGACAAAAUGACUUCUAUAGCUCUGUGCACAAUAAACAGCUCAGCGAGAUCAAUAGCAAGACUGUGCCAAGUGUCCCGCUCUGCGCAUGGUACAGCUGAUUUCCACUCUUUCGUAGUCCGUUACUCUACCCUCCGUAAAUGUGCCUUUCUUCCGGGAGGGAAAUGGUCAUUCAUAAGAGCAGCAACGAGACAGAUGUCUCAAGCAUCGCCGGGGAGGAUCUCACUCGGACGGUACGGUAAAGGUGUAUUUUUGGCUGCUGGGGCAGCAGCUGUCACCGGGGUUCUGACGGCAGGUGUAAGUCACUUUCAGCGGGCCGAGAUGGCAACGAAGAUACCCAGAAUUGAAGAAGAAGAAGGGACUAUACGGGAGAGAUGCAAGUCGUUCAUGUCUCUACCAGUCACUGACAUCAAGGUCUUAGAGCAGAGGAAAGACGCGAUGUCUGCGAGAAUGGAGAUGCUCAUCAUGGAGACACAAGCUGCAUUCUGUAGAGCUCUUGAGGAGGUGGAUGGAGGCUCGUUCAUGGUGGACAGAUGGAGUAGGAAGGAAGGUGGUGGUGGCAUAAGCUGUGUGAUGCAAGAUGGGAAGGUUUUUGAAAAAGCAGGUGUGAACGUGUCCGUGGUGUUUGGGAACCUUACUGAAGAGGCCGCCAAGCAAAUGCGCAGCCGUGGAAAAGUUCUGAAAGGGAAAGAUGGGAAGCUGCCGUUCUGUGCCAUGGGCGUGAGUUCAGUCAUACACCCAAAAAACCCCCACAUUCCCACAGUGCACUUCAACUACAGAUACUUUGAGAUUGAGGAAGCAGACGGCACAAAGCAGUGGUGGUUUGGUGGAGGAACGGAUCUCACUCCUGUUUAUGUUGAUUUGGAAGAUGCCGCCCAUUUCCACAAGACUCUGAAGGAAGCAUGUGACAAGCACCAUCCUAAGUAUUACCCAGACUUCAAAAAGUGGUGUGACAAUUACUUCUACAUCCGUCACCGAGGGGAGACGAGAGGCAUUGGUGGGAUCUUUUUUGAUGAUUUGGAUUCCCCUAAUCAGGAGGAGGUCUUUAAUUUUGUGAAGAGCUGCGCUAAGACUGUGGUGCCUUGUUACCUGCCCAUUGUAAACAAACAUCUAAACGACUCCUUUACCCCUGAGGAGAAGGACUGGCAACAAGUCAGGAGAGGCAGGUAUGUGGAAUUUAAUUUAGUGUAUGACAGAGGGGUGAAAUUCGGCCUGGCCACACCUGGGUCUCGCAUUGAGAGCAUCCUGAUGUCCCUACCACUUACCGCUAGGUGGGAGUACAUGCACGAGCCAACAAAAGGCACUAAGGAAGCCAAGAUGCUGGAGGUCUUACGGAACCCUAAAGAAUGGAUCUGAUUGAGAGGAAGACCAGUUUAACUAGUCAUCAAUAUUGCCAUUAUUGGAUGGGAAUUGUGAAAAUGGUGGGUGGGUUUUUCUUUGGAUUAGCUCAGUGAUACCAAACACAUCAGCAACUUCAAUAAGUACAACAUUCACUAAACAGAAAAUCAACUUCUCAGACAGGACACAUUCUCAUCAUUUGACUCAUUGUUUUUGCUGACUGACUGCAGCACUGCACGAUUACUGGUUUGGCUGUAAUGAACUCUCUAUCACUGCCAUCGGCUGUAUGGAUUCACUGGAGAUGCAGUGUUUACUCCUGUGACACUGUUACUUAGUUACAGCUUUGUUUCUGCUUGCACUGCUUUAAUCAUGACUACUGGUGUAUUCGAAACCUGUAAUGGCUUUGGUAUGCUGUUUUUGAAUGGAUGUGUUAAUCGCGUAUGUCUAAAGGGUCAUGUUUACCAUGUGCUGAUGCAAGCACCCAUGCCAUUAUUGCUUUUCUUACCCUGUUAAUUUUUUGUGCCUCACUUCAAGGUUGUUUUGUGUCCAUGUGCUAACAUAUCUUUAUCCUUGUAUUUUUUUUUAUACUGAUAAUAAAAUAGGAAUCAGAAAUAGGAGUAUUCUCAGGACAUUAUAAUGUUGAUAUUCUGUGUAUUACGAAACAAAAUAAAGCUUUUCUAUGUGGUUUAAUCUGGUGUACUGAUAAAUCUGGUCAAUAGGUGUUCAUAAACCUAAAAAAACAUUCAGUUCUGAGAUGCUAUUAUUAGCUUUUCCUGAUAUAAAAACUGCAUGGUUUGUGUUCAAGUUUAUAUUAGGCAUGGUUAAUUAUAUUCACCUGAUGUCUCCAAGGCAGCAGAACAAACUUUGUGUCCAAAGUAAUUCAGGUAGCAAAUGUGCUGCAUUUUAACAUUAAUGGGUAUGUUGAAGUUACACUGAACUUUAAAGCAAGUACAUUAAAUCCGAAGUUAGUAACCUGUUUGGAUUUGUUAAAUUUAUAAGGGAAUACUGUAAGGCUUUGUACAUUUAUACAUAACGUAAUAAUAUUGCUAUAAUAUUAGACUUUUAGCAAAUUUUUAUAAACUUCAUACAUACACUACCAUCUGUUUUUUUGUCAGAUAUUUUGCUUUUAAAAGUCUCUCAUGCUACCAAUAAUGAUGUGAAUUAUUACAAUUUACAAUAAUAUGCAUUCCUGUGACUAACAUUAAUCAUUGUAAUAUAAUGAUUUGUUACUCAAGAAAUUCUCUGUAUUAUCAAUGUUGAGAACAGUUGUGCGGCUUAAUAUUUUUGUGGAAACCAUGAUACAUUUUUCUUUGAAUAAUACAAUUAAACCGUCAUUGAAACAAUUAUUUGUAACUAUUUUUAAGUCUUCAUUGUUACUUUUGAUCAAUUCUGUCUUCGUUUUUUUUUUCUAAAUAUGUAUACUUCAGUGUAUAAGAACUAAGUCAGAGGAGUGAGGGCCAAAAAAACUUUUAUUACAAAUAAAAGUCAAGCUCAAUCAUUACAAAAAAUUAAAUUUGUUCUUAAUACAUUUAUAUAUACACACAUUAUCUAUCUCUGAGUAAGGCUUAAGCAAUAAACACCACCACAAUCACUCUUAACUGCCACAGAAAUAUCAGCCUGCACAUGUACAGCAACAUCAGUCAAAGUCUGCCAAACUUGUAUCAUCAUCAGACUGCAUUUCAAAUGACGGUAGUCUUAUUUCACAUUACCUUUAAAAACACAAACAAUUUUAGGCAAAGUGAAACUGUUUUGAUUUUCACAAAGCUUUCUUGAGUUAGUGCUGGUGAUGGAUUUUCUUGCAUAUUUAUGUCAGCCGAGCAUGUUGUUGAUGAACUAAGAAUAUAAACUGUAGAAAGCCAAGACGACAAACCAAACAGCAUUUGCCAUUUUUUCCUCUAGUAAUUUAUCACAUCUUUUUCAUAUAAGAUCACAUCAAUUAAUAUUCCUUUACACAUCAAUUAAUAUUUCUUUACAAAGAGCAGUCGCUGCCCUGAAAAGUGCAUUCACUCAUAGUUACUGAAUAAGUACAAAUGCGUCGACUUUUCCAUUGUGUUCUCUUUCCUUCAUAUCCCCACCCCACACACACACACACACACACACACACACACAGACCCAUAAACACACACUUUCCUGAUAUUUAAUACUGAAUAUUUCCUUGUUGAUUUUUCCCUCUAAUUUUUUAGGGGACUAGGACAGCUUGUUCCCAUAAUUUGAUCCUAAUCUGAAAUUCUCCUGGUUUUUGUUUAUUGUAGCUGGGCCUGAGGUGAAACCUAGACUCUGAGUAAGAACCAGGAAUAAAUGGUAUGAGGUAAACGGUGUCUGCUUGCUGUUAAACACACAGACAAGCCCAACCUGAUAGUGUCAAAUAUCCUAAAUUGUUUUAUAACAGUGAAGAGACAUUUUAAGAGGAAAAAUCAGUAACACUUUACCUGAAGUGCAUAUAUACAUAUACAUUAAAAUCCACUGUAUGAUCUCAUGAAUAAUUGUAACCACAAUACUUACCUAUUCAUUGUUACACUUUUUGAAAAUAUGAUGUAUUAAAACACAUGAUAAACAACUGAUUUUAGAUGUAACAAGGAAUCUGCAAAUAUUAUAAUGCAUUUUAACUUUGGUUACAAUUAUUUAUAAAAAUACAGAAUGCUUUACAAUGUACAUUAAUAAAAGGUGUCAGGUUAAAGUGUUCGCAAAAAGUCAUUUGUCGUGGGAGGAGAGUUAUGCUUUGUAGCACACUCUAUUUAGCGUUACUAAGUUGCCACUAACACUUGCAUUGUAAAUGCAAACAUACCGCAAUUCUGACCUAAAACCACAG